CACAGCUGCACACACUUAACUCAUUCAUCAGGUGUAAUUUUGUCACUGACAGCAGCUCUCAGAUCAGUCAGGUGUAGUCAUGCUCCGUCGUGCCAGCGCACUCCUCGCGCUGCUGCUGCUUCUGCUGAUGAUGAUGAGGAAGAGCAGCUCAGCUGUUCACAACGACGCCACAGAGUCACUUAACACUCAGCCGGUCCCAGACACUCAAGAAGAACCGGUCCAGGAAGACACGAAUCAGGCGAACAACGGAGGGAGGCGGCAGCCUGACUCUGCGCGUAAUGGCCCAGACCAGAGCCAGGUUGGCUGCAGGGAGCUGAGGUCCACCAAGUACAUCUCUGAUGGCCAGUGCACCAGUGUCAACCCCAUCAAGGAGCUGGUGUGCGCUGGAGAGUGUCUGCCGGCUCACUUGCUUCCCAACUGGAUCGGGGGUGGAGGUUACACUGGUAGGUACUGGAGCCGCCGUGACGCCCAGGAGUGGCGCUGCGUCAUUGACCGGACCAGGACCCAGCGGAUCCGGCUGCAGUGUCAGGACGGCAGCUCCAGGACCUACAAGAUAACUGUGGUGACCUCCUGCAAAUGCAAGCGCUACAACCGACAGCAGAAUGACUCAGGACACAAGGACACAACUGUCCACAGUGGUAAACAGAAGAAGAGUCAGCGGAAGGCUGUACUGCCUGAGGAAAGAGCAGAGACAACUGACAACUAAAACCCUGAAAUCCUGCAGAGGGGAUCUCCUAACAACCACAGCUGUCUUCAUCAUGAAGUUUAUGGAUGAAAUAUAAUUGUGAAAAUAAUAACCAAAUAUUUAAGAGGCAGGCCAAAUAGAAGUAAAGAUUAAUAGUGUAGAUUUAGAUUAUUAUGAAACAGAAAACUGUUUUAAAGGUCCAGCGUGUAGGAUUUAGUGGCAUCUAGUGGUGAAGAUGCAGACUGCAACCAACUGAAUACAGGCGGCGAAACUUCUAAGAAGCACAAAAUGCCUUAUCUAGAGCCAGUGUUGGGUUUUAUCCACUCUGGGC